GCCUUUCUUCAAUGUGCAUGUUCCACAUUGGGCGUGCAGCUGGAGACGCGGACAACGCUCACAAUGCGGCUGUAAAAACACUUACCGUACAUACUCUUCUCUCUAGACCGGGUGGGGUUUUUACAACCCACCCCCCCCACCUAACGUAACACUAAAAAGGAGACAUUUAAGUAAGUCCGAAACUUAAAAAAACGCCUUUAAACGCGACGGAUCGGCGGUGAGAGCGGAGAGCUAGCGCCGCGGUGAGCCAUGGAGGAGCGGAAGGAGGAGGGGGAAGCGGAGAUCCAGGAGCACGGCCCCGAGCACUGGUUCUCCAAGUGGGAGCGGCAGUGCCUGGCCGAGGCCGAGCAGGAGAAGCCCAGCGAGGAGGAGGGCGAGCAGAGCCAGCAGAAGCUGUGGCACCUCUUCCAGAACUCUGCCACCGCCGUGGCUCAGCUCUACAAAGAUCGAGUAUGUCAACAGCAAGGCCUCUCCCUCUGGGUGCCCUUCCAGAAUGCGGCCACAGCUGUCACUAACUUGUAUAAAGAGAGUAUUGAAGCCCACCAGAGGAGCUAUGACCUCGGUAUUCAUGUAGGCUACCAGCGCCGGAACAAGGAUGUGAUUGCAUGGGUGAAGAAGCGACGGAGAACUAUCAGACGAGAAGACUUAAUUAGUUUUCUGUGCGGCAAAGUUCCACCACCACGGACCACCCGCGCCCCACCUAGAGUUGCCAUGGUGUCUGCAAGCCGUUCAUCAACCACAGAGACUGACACCUCUGUUGAGACUGACUUGCAGCCAUUCAGAGAGGCCAUAGCCCUCCACGGUCUUAGCGGUGCCAUGGCCAGCAUUUCCGUGCGCUCUGGUCCUCCUAGUUCCCCAACACACCCUGCUCAGUCCCUUGGUCGUCGUAGGAACGGUCUUCAUGAUGUGGACCUCAACACCUUCAUUGCUGAGGAGAUGGCACUUCAUUUAGAUUCUGCUGCCAAUCGUAAACGAGGGUCUGCAACCUGUAGCGACGUUAUCACAGACUCACCCACCCAUAAACGUAAUAGGAUGCUCUGAACCUUUCUUACACCAUUGAUUCCUCUGCUGUCCUCUCCUCGGUGGCCGGUUGGACAGGUAAUGAGGACAGAUGCCUUGGCCAGCCUUUGAAAUCUUCCUCCCUAGUUGCAAUGUAAAAAAAAAAAUAAAGAAAAUAAAGAAAAACUUGACUAUUAUGACAGUUUCAUAUUUAGCCUGUCUUUUGUUUCCCAGACCCCCUUUUCUGUUAACAGGAAACUGCUAAUUCAUCCUCUCCAUGACAAAGCUCUUGUUUUUUUUUUUAAAUAUUUCUUUCACGUUGGGUUGCUCUGUUGGUCUGACACACAAGCACAGUCUACACUUGAAAUCCUUGAGAUUGCAGAAUGUUAUAUCUGGAUAUUACUUAUUUGUGCUUCAUAUUUUAUAAUGAGCAGAAACAGACUGUUGCCUACUGUUUGCAGUUCUCUUUGCCCCUUUCCUUAAGCGUGCUUCCUCUUGUGGAGUGCGUGCCAGACCAGACUGAACUGAAGUCUGGGCUCUUGAGGAGGCUUAACUGCUUCUGUUUGGCUUGACUUAAGAACGCUUGUCAGCAUUUAUAUUUCAUUCUGCUGCAGCUUUGUUUGCUCAUUAGACAGCCAAACUGGCACUUAAUGUGUUUUACAUGUCCUCGCCUUUCAGAAAGCUGCUACAGUAUCUUUGGUUCUGGUGUGUGUGUGUGUGUUUGUCUGUCUGUGUCUGUCUGUCUGUGUGUGUGGAUAACAUCUGCUUGUUUCUUGUGUUGCUCAGAUUCAUUUUUCCUUUCCCUUUAGUUGCUUUUCGCAACCCAAACCAGGGUUUUAUCACAAAGCAGCUCAAUGUAAUUCACUCAGACAAGUGGGGCAACGAGGUGGAUGCGUUUUUAGGAAGGCUUUCUUCAAGGAAGUAUUCUUGUCCUGCAUUUUUGUUUGCAGUUUUAUAACUACACUAGUUUAUCUUCCAGUUUACAAAAAAACUGUUAGGCACAGUUUCUAUAUCAAUUACCAAAUAAACUUGACUAUUGUCUGGUUCUUGCAUUUUUGCAUUACAAGCAGUAAUGGUGUUUUGAAAGCUUGCAUUUGACCUGUUUAAUGUUUACAUUUGACCCAUUAAUAGGAACGUAGACACCUGCAUUAACAUCAUUUUGUGUCUUUUGACUUUCUAGAUUUACAGCAUUUUCACAGCUGUGAUUUCAGCUUUAAAUCCAGAAAAUUACAGCAGACAAUAAUUGCCUGUGAAUGGAAGGGCCUUGUGGCUGAGAUUUAUAUUUUCUUUUAGCCAGGUGAAAGAAUUAUGGGUGUUUUAGUUAAGCAAAACACUUGUUUUUGCUCAUUCAAGCACUGCUUUGUGAUACAAUCUUGUGUAAUUUGUGUAAAUAAUCUGUAGGUGCUGUUACGUGGUACAUAUUGUAUAAAGAAGUGCUAAUCCUUGCGGAUGUCCUUGUACAAUAAUGAUUCUGAAAUUAAACAAAAAUCCAAAUGUUUAA